GAGCCUUUUCGAGACUUGUCUUGCGUUGGGCACGUACGGCUCUGCCAUGCCGGAACUGGGCAAGGCAACGCUGCUCCGGCUGCAGGGCGGGGUCGACGGUGUCAACUGGAGGUCGACGCGGUUUGUUGCGGCCAAUUUGCAUCCGUACGCGUGUUCUCUGUGCGGUGUGAUUCCCGGGAAGACGUUGUUGCUGCCCUGUGCGCACGCGUUGUGCGAGACGUGCAAGAAUGGUUGCGUCGAAAACUGCACUCCGGCUGCCUGCCCGCUGGACGGCGAGUCCUUCGAUGGAGAUGACUGCACCGGGAUUACGUUGCCCGCGAAGAAGAUCAACGCGCUCAGGGCUCACUGCUGGAAUGAAAACCUGGGCUGCCCGUUCGUCGACACAUUGCCAGCUGUACUACGGCAUUACGAACAAGAGUGCGCCUUCCACUUCGUGCAGUGCCCGAGGUGUGGCGCGAGUGUUAAGCAUGCUGCCAUGGUGACUCACUACAAGACAGGCUGCCACGGCAGUACGGAAGGCCCCUACCAAGGCGAGACUUCACAAGCUGACAGAAGCUUAAGGCCUCUAGAUGUUGAUGCUGCUAUGGAGGAAUUCAGAUCACUAUUGAAGAAUCACUAUCACGAUCAUCUUCCAACGAUAGAGAGCAAAAUGAAUGAGAUCACCGCGCAAAUGACGAACCACAGUGCGCUGCUGCAGGAAAUGUCUCGAACGCUGAGAAACACGCAAGGAACGAUGAACUGUGAACAGCCGAGGGUGGAGGAACUUUCGACGAUCCUUCGCAAGCUGCAGUGUCGGCUGGACACCUUAAAUUCUCGGCACGAGCGAGACUCUGCGGGAGAGCACGAGCAGUUGGAACCGCCUGUACCUUGGCACAUGGAGAAAAAACACAUUCUUCGGAAACUAGAAAUCGUAGCUGGCGAAAUGCUCGUUCGUCUGGAGGAUCUGCGUCAAGCAUCUAUUCGACACGGAGAAUGUCCCGUCGCCAGGUGUCACCCCGACCGUCCGUCGUCUUUUAAAGAGUCUUCCGGCUUCUCUGUCGUAAGAAGACCUCGGGAGCACAUGUUUCACAGGAUCAAUCUCAAGCACGAUUCUGAGGGUCGCAUUCUCAAGCACGCCCUUCGUGGUAAAGUGCUUGAGCUGAUCUUGUGGCACUUGAAGGACGUGUUCUUCAGUGUCGCUAUCGAAGUCAGGGAAAGUGACGACACGCUGGAAGUCCGGCUGAGAUUGGCUGGUACCCUCGAAUCGUCAUCGCUAGAGUUCGACGUCUUGAGUGUGUUCCUGUGGGAUAAGGACCGUAAGAUGAACUGCCUCUUAAAGAAGACGGAUGAGUCUGCCUAUUCAGCUGAACCUACGGCGUGGCAAUACGUAUUUUGGCACAGCUACUCAGAUCUCAAAAAACGUGGCUUCUUUGAUGGCGGGGAGCUGGAUUUUAUUUUGGAUGUGGUGGGCUAGCCGACGCUGUCUACAAUUGCUGGUAAAGAGGUGCCCAUUUGAAUUUGUGUACCUUGUUUUCGUCUGCGCAUCUUGAUAAAGUAGCUUGGUAUGUGUCCUUUUUAUUGCGUUCGGUUUUUGUUUCUUGCUGUGUAUCCUCUCGCAAAAGUUCUGGUACGUAAUAAUGAAU